AUGGAGGCCAUCAAGCGAGCCUUCGCGUUGAGCAAGGCUCAAAAUCGGACAGCACUGAUCACUUAUGUGACAGCCGGUUUUCCUUCACUGCACGAGACCGCCGGAAUCAUGCUUGCCAUGCAAGCCGGUGGUGCUGACAUAAUCGAGCUCGGGAUUCCCUUUACCGACCCAAUGGUAGAUGAGCCAGCAAUCCAACGCUCCAAUGCCCAAGCCCUCGAGAAUGGCGUCCGAAUUCCCACCAUUCUUCAGAUGGUCAAAUCAGCCCGCCACCAGGGUCUGGCCGUCCCCGUUUUACUGAUGGGCUACUGCAAUAUUGUCUACGAAUAUCCUUUUGGAGAAGAGAAGUUUCUGCGGGACUGCAAGGCUGCUGGGGUGGACGGUUUCAUCAUCGUCGACUUCCCAGAAGAUGAAGCUGCGCGUUUCAGCCAGGCGUGUGAAUCAAAAGGGUCAGUAUGCCCAUCUAUGCAACCCAGGAAUGCGGCUAAUGCAAAUUACAGAUUAUCGUACGUUCCUCUAAUUGCUCCAACCACCUCUGAUAGCCGCAUGGAGAAGAUUUGCAGCUCUGCCACCUCGUUUGUUCAUGUCCUCUCCUGCGUGGCGCCGACCGGAGCUCAGGUGAACCUGGAUGAUGGGCUGGGCAACCUUCUGGAUCGAGUUUACAGGUACACCAGAGACAGCAUUCCAAUAGCUGUUGGUUUCGGCAUCAAUACCCGUGAUGACUUCCUAGAAGUCGCUCGUUUCGCCGAAGGAGUCGUGGUCGGCAGUCAAAUUGUUUCGAUUCUGGAAAUGUCACCCCAGAUCAGUCGAAAGGUGAAGGCGAAGGAAUACUGUCUCGACGUUGCUGGAAGAUCCGAAAGGAAUAUCAUCAUACCUGAGCGGCCUCGUGCUCGUCAACUCAUGUCGUCCACCACCGUCUACCUUUCUGGCGAGGACGGGGCUAACGACAUGGUCCUUGAGCCCGAACAGCCGAAGGAAGUCAACCUGCAGACCGACGCUCAUACCCGUUUCGGCAACUUUGGAGGCCAAUACAUCCCCGAGGCGCUGCGAGAAUGUCUCGCCGAGCUUGAAAAGGCCUGGGUGGCUGCAAAGGACGACCCAGCAUUCUGGGCCGAGAUCGAAUCUCACGCCAGUUACAUCAACAGGCCAUCCUCUCUGCACCUAGCCUCUCGACUGACAGAGCACGUCGGCGGUGCCAACAUCUGGCUCAAGCGUGAAGACCUCAAUCAUACAGGAAGCUACAAGAUCAACAAUGCACUUGGUCAGAUUCUGCUCGCCCGCCGUCUCGGCAAGACUUCUAUCAUUGCUGAGACAGGUGCUGGCCAGCACGGUGUCGCCAUCGCCAGUAUUUGCGCACAGUUCGGCCUCAAGUGUACCAUCUUCAUGGGAACUGACGACGUUGAGCGCCAGAAUCUCAAUGUCUUCAGUAUGCGUCUCCACGGCGCAACAGUUGUCCCUGUUGAUGGUCCGCAUGGUAAAGGACAACUCUUCAAUGCCGUCAGUCAGGCAUUCCGGGCCUGGAUUGCCAAUGUGGAAACUACCCAUUACGCUGUCGGCUCUGUGCUCGGUCCGCACCCGUAUCCAACGAUUGUUCGCACUUUGCAAUCGGUCAUUGGCAAUGAGACGCGGGCUCAAUUCCAGUCCAUGAAUGGAAAGCUGCCUGAUGCUGUCGUUGCCUGUGUGGGCGGGGGAUCAAAUGCCGCAGGUAUGUUUCACGCUUUUUUGAAAGAUUUAAAUGUUCUCUUGGUUGGAGUUGAGGGAGGCGGGGUCGGAGAAAUGGCUGGUGAGCACUCUGCUACGUUGACUCGAGGAUCUGUUGGUGUUCUGCAUGGUGUGCGAAGCUACGUGCUUCAGGACAAAGAUGGUCAGAUUCAGAACACGCAUUCAAUCUCUCCUGGUUUGAAUUACCCUGGCGUGGGACCUGAGUUAUCCAACUGGAAGGACUCUGGCCGGGCGAAGUUCUUUUCUGCGACCGAUGAAGAGGUUCUGAGUGCUUUCACCUUGUUGUGUAAGCUGGAGGGCAUCAUGCCAGCGCUUGAGAGUUCUCAUGCCAUUGCUGGGGCUUUGAAAGUUGCUCGGGAUGUUGGGGUCGGUGGCAAUGUGAUUGUUUGCCUGAGUGGAAGGGGUGAAAAGGACAUCCAGACGGUUGUUGAUUUUUUGCCUGCCCUAGGGCUGCGCGACUAA